AUGGCGUCUAGAUCCUGUACCAGAUCCCCUCGGAUCGCGCUGCUUCAGUUUGAUCCCAGCAGCAACCAGCACAUCGAUCCUAGCAGGAACCAGUACAUCGAUCCCAGCAGGAACCAGCACAUCGACCCCAGCAGGAACCAGCACAUCGAUCCCAGCAGUAACCAGUACAUCGACCCCAGCAGGAACAGCACAUCGUCCCAGCAGAACCAGAACCAGCACAUCGAUCCCAGCAGUAACCAGUACAUCGAUCCUAGCAGGAACCAGUACAUCGAUCCCAGCAGGAACCAGCACAUCGACCACAGCAGGAACCAGCACAUCGAUCCCAGCAGGAACCAGCACAUCAACCCCAGCGAACGCUCCAUUGAGUGGAGAAGUGUCCAUUAUCAUCGCCUGGUGGUGGUCCUGGUGGUCCUCAUCGCCUUGCUCCCAGUGCUGAUACUGAGACACAGAGUCAGCAGGCAUCGCUAUGAUAGAUUGCCAUCCCAUCAUCCGCUGUUGCCGUGGGGACAUGUGUUUCCUCCUUCUCCCGUGAGCAGUGGACCGAAACCGAGCUGUGAUGUCAGCACAGGACGUGUGGAAGGAUGCAUGAUGGGAAAUGAUGCUAACUUGACGUCAACACUUAACCAACUGAGUGUGAAAGGGACAGGCCUCUGUGGACCCUGCAAGUACCUGACAAGCUGGGGGUCAGUCGGCCGGCUCAGGGGGAGCCAAAGGGGAUAAAAUAAGGAAUCAUGGACCCAGAUGUUCUCCACUGCCCUUGGAAUGUCUUGGAAGGUUCUGAUCCACAGGGUCUGGGCAAGAGAAGGGAACGGGACAACUCCAGAGCCCCCCUCCCAGUG